AUGGAGGGGCAGGUGAUCAGUAUCAUCAAGCCACUCAACAUCGAGGACCAAAGGGUAGAGACAAGCUACGUUGCAUUGACGUGCCCCCGCAAACGCCACAUGAGCAGUGUGACAAUCAGCGCCAGCGCCACGGUUUGUUCCUAUCCGCUCCAAGCCGGUCAGCGACAACGGUUGGCUAGCAACGAUCAACGGGUCAGCAACGAGCCAGCGAGCCAAGAUCACCGUUGGAAGGAGGCUGCGGUCACCUGGAAGGUUUGGCCGACACUCUGGAUAUGCACUGGUAUCUGCUUCGAUUUCUACCUCAACGCCUACCUUCAAGGUGCGCGGCACUGGCCUGCCGCCAUCAAAGCCCAUACGGGUUCGCCAAGAUCGGGCACAUCGUUGUGCUGGGAGCUGUCCUCAUGCGCCAUGCCUCCAUGGCCCUUGAUGGACGAGGCUCUUGAUGAGUCCCGAUCGUUUUCAUCUUUUGAACCAUCACAUUCCGGUAAAAACCGAGGGCAUGUCGCCGGCCUGUCGGUCUGA